CGCAUCUCGCAUCGGCUUCUCAACGCUCCAAAGCUCCUCAGACAUCGCCUGGCUCGCAUCGCAUCGCAUCGCAUCGCACCUGACCUCGACCCACCCACCCGCUCGCUCGCCCCUAUGCUCAUGAGCAACGCCCCACCAGAGUCGGACGACGCCACCCCCAAUCUCGGGUCCAUCAUCAAGAGCCUCGAUCUGGUCUCGUCGCUCCUCAACUCAUCGGACAAUCUGCGGCAAGCGCUACACACCCUUUGUGCCGUGAUGGACUCGAUCGUCGAGAAUGUCGAGUCCCUUGGCCUUGUGCCUCAUCCCGCUCCUGCGUCAGAUCAAUCAGCACUCUUGCCAUCGUCCGUGGCUCUGCCUAUCCCGCCGAUCUUGACGCUCGAUACACCCGUAUCGGCACUGGCUGCCGUCGCUGCUGCGGCCGCCGUUAGCGCUGCUACGGCAUCGAUAGCGGCGAAUCCGAGAGCACUGCUCGGGCCCGGUCCUGCGACGGAAGGAGAUCCGUCCCAGUCAGUCGCCCUCUCAUACGAAGAUCAGCUCGAGUUCUGGGACUCGAUCAACGACAUAUGGCUCCUCACUAUCCGCUCGGGCACAAAGUCUCUCUGCGUCGGUACCUUGGUCACGCCUCAGCUCACCGACGGUGCGCUGGCUGGAGCCGAGCAGCCAUCUCAUCCGAUGAACGCUGCCGACGCCUCGACAUCGCUGCCGCCAUCGCCCUCAACCACUCUGUCCAACCAGCCGUCCAUAGCCGAGCAAACCGAUGUUGUAAUGACCGACGCCAUCAGCUCUAUGACCACCAAGGACUGGGCGGCGAUUCGGGAGUCUGUCAAUGCCUGGGCCGACGUGCUGGAGUGGUAUGGACUGGUGGACUAUCAACUUGGGUUUGCAGAGGAGGAGAUUGUGCAGGCGAUCGAUCAGCAGAUCCUCAACACCGCUCUCCAGGACGGAGAGCCUGCCGAAAAUAGCUCUGCCGCCUCGUCAUGACAAAUCGAGCAGUUCUCCGAUGGCAUUGGAUGUCGGCAUCCGGGGCCCUAGCCUCUGGCAAGAAGACCUUGACGUUUCUCUGGCGCCAUCAGCAACAGCCAUAGCAGCACAGGCAACACCGGCAGCGACACUGGCGCCAAAGGCAGCCGCUGCAGCGUUGCCGACUGCUCCUUCUCGCAUCCAUAAUCUCUUUGAUCUCAUCUUUGGACCUUGUGUGUGGCCGCCGCCGCCGCCGACCACGCCUUUCCCCAAACCGACUCUCGAGCCAGACACACCGGAACUCCCGAUGCUCGUUAGCGCUGUAAAUACACUCGAAUGCACUCCAGA